CCCCAUGUCCAGAGACAGCAAAUGUCCAACAGCAGCUCCAUCAGCCACUUCCUCCUGCUGGCACUGGCAGACACGCGGCAGCUGCAGCUCCUGCACUUCUGCCUCUUCCUGGGCAUCUCCCUGGCUGCCCUCCUGGGCAACAGCCUCAUCAUCAGCGCCGUAGCCUGCGGCCACCACCUGCACACCCCCAUGUUCUUCUUCCUGCUCAACCUGGCCCUCACUGACCUGGGCUGCAUCUGCACCACUGUCCCCAAAGCCAUGCACAAUUCCCUCUGGGACACCAGGACAAUCUCCUAUGCAGGAUGUGCUGCUCAGGUCUUUCUGAUUUUCUUCUUCCUUGGAUCAGAGUAUUUCCUCCUGAUCAUCAUGUGCUACGACCGCUACGUGUCCAUCUGCAAACCCCUGCACUACGGGACCCUCCUGGGCAGCAGAGCUUGUGCCCACAUGGCAGCAGCUGCCUGGGCCAGUGCCUUUCUCUAUUCACUGCUGCACACAGCCAAUACAUUUUCCCUGCCCCUGUGCCAUGGCAAUGCCCUGGGCCAGUUCUUCUGUGAAAUCCCACACAUCCUCAAGCUCGCCUGCUCAAAUUCCUACCUCAGGGAACUUGGGCUUCUUGUGUUUUCCAUCUCUUUGGGAUUUGGCUGUUUUGUGUUCAUUGUUUUCUCCUAUGUGCAGAUCUUCAGGGCUGUGCUGAGGAUCCCCUCUGAGCAGGGACGGCACAAAGCCUUUUCCACCUGCCUCCCUCACCUGGUCGUGCUCUCCCUGUUCCUCAGCACAGCAUUCUUUGCCUACCUGAAGCCCCCCUCCAUCUCCUCUCCAUCCCUGGACCUUGCACUGUCAGUUCUGUACUCGGUGGUGCCUCCAGCCCUGAACCCCCUCAUCUACAGCCUGAGGAACCAGGAGCUCAAGGAUGCCCUGAGAAAAUUGGUGACUCUGUAUUUUCAGAAGCGUUAAACUGUCUUUUCUGCUGCAGUGCCUUUAGAAUGUUACUCUACAAUCUUAGCCCUUUUCCCUUUAUUUGUCCACUUUUGCUUUGGUAAUUGUUACUAUUCUUGCUGUGUUUUUUACAAAAUACUGUGUCAUUUCUCUUUGCAUUUCUUCAUGAAUAUCUAAUA